AUGCCAAAAAUCCGAAAAGCUUCCAGAACUUCAAACAUUGGCUUAUCGGGAGCCGUGUUGGUUCGCCACGAAAGACAUUACUAUGUACAUUCUUCAACAUUUUGUGCGUUAAAGCAAUCGCAUUCGUUUUUUAAAAGGAUUACUAAAACCAGUGGUAGAAAAAGUCUUGAUCAUUUACAAACAAAACGAUUGAAACAAAUGAUUGCCAACUUUGGUGCAAAAUUGAAAAUCAAGUCUAACACCAAAUACUUUUCGCUUUCUAUGAUUGAAUUUUUUACAUUUGCAAAAGCUGCUCUUUCUACUGAUAUGGAUGAUGUUAGAGAUUUAUUUGCUCCUUUCGGACAUCAAAUGAAUGAAACAAUAUUUGAUCCAACAUAUUUUAGAGCCAUCUAUGAUUUAGAUUUUGAUGAAAUGACAUGGAGAGAUGAAAGUGAUUGUGCUGAUACAGAAGUAGAUCAGCAAGAACAACAGCAAUUGAAUUCAUCGUCGAAUUCAUCAACAAUUACAAAACAAACGCUUGAUAACAACCAAACCAUUGGCACUGAAAUUUUAUCUAAUACCAACACAACUGCUACGAAUGAUGAAAGCAACCUUGUGAAUCAGAAUUCAACCUCAUCCAUAGUGGAGAGCUGUAACGAAGAUUUACCACUAGUCACUACAACGUAUGAUGAUGAAGACGAAAAUGCAUACAUGAGUGAUGUUGACAGCGAAGAGGAAACUCAAAGCUUACUUAAAUCUCAAGCUCAAUUUUCAGAAUUUAUUUUGAAGGCAUCUGAACAGCCACGUCGUCCAGAAUUCAACAUGGCUUUAUUUCCUAACUCUUCCAAAAUUUUCGAAAAUAUUGAUCUUUGUGUGAAUUGUUUUUGGAAUUCUCCACAUGAAAGACAUCAGAAUAUCUUAAUUUGA